AUGCCGCUUCUAGGGAAGUUUGCGAGCUUUCGGGAUGGCAAGAAACUAUUAAGAAGCACGAGCUUAAAAAGGAACAAUAGAAAGUCACAUGAUACCCUUAUCGACCGACCGCUACUUCUCGAUGCUCUCGUGUCUUGUCUCUAUCAGCGAUUCACUCGCUCUCCAGGUGCUUCCCCUACUCCAACCCGUCGUGCUGGGCGCUGGACCGAGGUUUCCACCCAGCAAGCAUACAUUCACACACUUAAACCGUGCAGGGGAGAGGCCCGUCAUUUAUCCCUGAAGAAAACGGGUUGCAUGAUGAUUGCAUCGGCAGCCUCCAAGGGCAUCGGAAGCAAGAACUUAUACGUAAUUAAUAUCACCACUUCUUUUCCCACGUCUUAG